GAGAGUGGCGUAUGUGUGUGCGCGAGAAUGUCUGUGUGUGUGUGUGUGUGUGUGUGUGUGUGUGUGUGUGUGUGUGUGUGUGUGUGUGUGUGUGUGUGUGUGUGUGUGUGUGUGUGUGUGUGUGUGUGUGUGUGUGUGUGUGUGUGUGUGUGUGUGUGUGUGUGUGUGUGUGUGUGUGUGUGUGUGAGUGACGUCAGCGAAUGAGUCGACGAAUGAGUGAACGAGCGAUUGAGCGAGUGUCAGUCUAGGAGGAAUUAAACAAGACCGGUUGUGUUUCCGAGUUACGUGUAGGCCUACUGUACUGUUGAAUAAAGUACCAAACGCCGAGAAUCCGUGCCCGUGUCUUCCGACCUAUAAACAGACCCACUGCCGGUUAUAGUGAAGGGUGUUACCCCCGAAAGGACAUCGGCCCUGGAGGGAACGUCUCCCCUGUGCUCCCGGACUACGGUCUGAGAGCCAAGAAACAGGAAAGGUGUAACAUUGGCGACCACGAAGGGACCCUCUCACGCAAACGGAAACGCAGUGGUGAGCAAAGAAUGAACGGUGAAAUAAACCGGAGAAGUUAGAAGAGACAAAAGAAUAAGCGGGAAGCAUUGUUUACCUGAUUCAGCUAAGCUAAAAUGGCGGACGCUAACCGUCGUAGCCCGUGCAAUCUCGGCUACUCAAAGUCCAACCCGUUCGUAACGAUAAACGACGGUGAUGUGGAAGAAACCAUAGACAAUAUGAGUGAAGGAAAUACAAGUUAUUAUGGACUUUCUAACGUGUUCCACCGUGAAGUGGAGCCUAUUAGAAUGAAGCAUGCGGCGGCACCAUGUGAGCUCAUUCAACCCAAGUUCUCAAGCUGGAACCCCUUCAUUAAUUCCGAAGAGGACAGCUACCGUUUUCAAUGCGGUGCGGCCAACAGACCAAGUGACUUUAUUCCACAACCUGCUGCUAUUGCAACGCCACAUUCAAAUCCCUUUUCUUCGGACCAGGGGAGUUACAUCCACAGCACCCCCAAGAUCGUUUGCCCCCCAGCCCCCACAUGCCUGUGCACCACCUGCCCUUCUUCAUCAAAGGAUAUUAACUAUGGACAUUUGCCGCAGCCAGGGCACAGUCGGACUAUGAAGUUCAAGAGCUCUUUUCGCAAAGGUGAGCAACCAAAGUCACAUCAGCCCUCCUCCGAGAGUGAGGAUGACUAUGAUCAUCGAGAAAGAGUCCCCACUUUGAGACCCGGACAGUAUGAUGGCACCACACCCUGGACAGAGUUCCUGCACAGGUUUGAGAGUUGUGCUAAAGCUAACUACUGGUCCGCAAAGACAAUGGCUGUCCAGUUGAAGUUCUGCAUGGUGGGUGCAGCCGGGGCCAUCAUCCACAGAAAUCCCCGGUCCACCCAGUGGGACUACGUCCGCCUGGUGGAGGAGAUAGAAACUGCAUACGGCCCUUCCUCGCAGCAUGCAGCUGCAGUAGCUAUCGAGCUGAGACAGCGUGUCCGCAAACCGGGUGAGGCUCUCCAUGUUUUGCGAGAUGACAUCUACGGGAGAGUGUCAGUAGCCUACAGCAACAGGGCUGAUGCCGAACAGGACGCCAUAGGAGUUGAAGUCUUUACUAAUGCUCUAGGGGAUGCAGAAAUUGUACAAAAGCUUUUAGAGCAGCGCCCACAAACAUUAGCCCAAGCCUUUGACAUUGCCCAUCGCUAUGAAACCACAAAGCGAGCAGCAUCAUAUGUCGCCGGUCUCAUGCACUCAGGAGCCCGUGACAUAGCUGAGCGCAGGCCCCGUGCUAUGGUGAUCAGAGAGGGAACCGACGAAGAGGAAUUAAAGACGGCUACAGCGCCCCCAUCAGCCAUCUUUAAACCUGCGUCUUCCAGCCACAGUCACACACCAUAUAGAGGUAAAAGCCCCAGAGACAUUAAAUGGGAUGAGAUUCGGUGUCACAACUGUUCAGGCUUGGGUCACAUGAAGAGAAAUUGCCCCUCACCAAGAAAUGCAACUAGGGCUCUAACUUCAACCAUGUCCCCUCAAAGCUCAAGGUCAGCUGUGCUUCACCUUAAGGCCCAGGGUCAAGAAAUGAACAUUCACAUGAUUGUGUACGAGCUAGAAGUGUGCGCUGUUUUGGACAGUGGGGCUCGGAAAAGUGUUUUUCCUCUGUGUCAUUACAACGCCAUUCAUCCAGAUGUCAGGCCUCCACUUCAGUCAUCCAUCGUAGAGACUCUGAUCGGUGUUGGGCCUGGUGACAUACCCGUGCUCGGCGAAGCUCACAUCCCUGUCCAGAUCAACAACCGUCAGGUGAGCGUCCUCUUCCUGGUUGCUGAUAUAGCUGGUGACGAAGCCCUGCUGGGCCAUCCAUUCCUGAGCCAGGCCCAGGCACGUCUUGAUUUUGGGAAUCAACGGAUUGUGCUGUUUGGAGAAGAGGUGCCGUAUUUCGAUUCCAAAAACAAACCAACGGCGCACUCAGUGAGAGUGGCCCGGACGGUGGUGCUGGAGGCUGGGCAGGAGUUUGUGGUAAGAGGCAACAUCCACCUUAAAGAUCCAGUUGAAGGGGGAUUGAUGCUGAGCCCCACCAAAGGCUUUGUUGAAAAACACAGACUGUUAGUGGCCCGAGUUUUAGUGGAAGUUCAGCCCCAUAUGACCAUGCCCCUCCGCAUCUUCAAUCCAGGCAACAGUGCCGUAACCAUUAAAAAGGGGGCCAUCGUGGGACUCCUCCAGCCGGUAGAGGUUCUGCAGCCUACGAACGCGGUUGCCCACAACCAGCCUGAACAGACUGUCAGCAGCCGCCCUCCGGUCCCCCAGCACCUACAGGAGCUCUAUGCCCAGAGCUCUACUGAGCUUAACCAAGAGGAGCAGCUGCGGCUAGCUCAGCUGCUGUGCACCUAUGAGAAUGUGUUCUCCACAGGACCCACUGACCUCGGCAGGACCAGCCUGGUUCAGCAUGACAUCGUAACCAUGCCAAGCCUCCCAGUCAAGCAACCACCACGCCGGAUGGCGUUGGAGAAACAACAGGAUGCUGACCAACAGAUACAACAGAGCCUGGGGGCGGGGCUGGCCCGCCGCAGCAACAGCAGUUGGGCAUCUCCCAUAGUGAUGGUAAAGAAAAAAGAUGGGACGUACCGCCUCUGCAUAGAUUAUAGAGGCCUGAAUGACUGCACGAUCAAAGAUGCAUAUCCUCUGCCCCGCAUCCAGGACACGCUGGACACCCUCUCUGACGCCAAGUGGUUCAGCACCCUUGACCUCGCGGCCGGCUACUGGCAAGUCGAACUGACCCCAAGAGCACGCAAAGCAGCAGCAUUCUGCACCAAAAGUGGACUGUUUGAAUGGAAUGUCAUGCCAUUUGGACUGUGUAAUGCCCCGGCGACAUUCCAGCGCUUGAUGGACCGGGUGCUGGCCGGAAUGCAGUGGGAGACCUGCCUAGUGUACCUGGACGACAUCAUCGUUUUGGGCAGCGACGUUCCGCAGAUGCUGCAGCGGCUGGGCCAGGUUUUCAGUCGUCUCGACCAGGCCAAACUGAAGCUAAAACCAUCUAAGUGCUGCCUCUUCCGCCGCCAAGUAGCCUACCUGGGUCACAUCGUUUCAGAGAGCGGUGUGGCCACUGACCCCAACAAAGUCCAGAAAGUGCAGGACUGGCCAACACCGACAUCAAUCCAAGAUGUCCGUCGCUUUGUGGGCCUUGCAUCUUACUAUCGGCGGUUCGUUAAAGACUUUGCUUCCAUUGCAGAACCUCUCCAUGCCCUGACCAAGAAACAUGCCCAGUUUUGCUGGUCUGAGGAAUGCCAGGCGGCAUUUAAUGAACUUAAAGGCUUGCUAACGACCGCGCCAAUCCUGGGGCCAAUCCUGGGCUACCCACUCGACCAAGGCAACAUGAUACUAGACACAGACGCCAGCGACGUCGGUAUCGGCGCUGUUCUCUCGCAGGUUCAGCAGGGUGUGGAACGUGUGCUAGCCUAUGGAAGCCGCAAGCUGUCCACAACUGAACAGAAUUACUGUACCACACGGCGAGAACUGCUAGCCGUGGUCGACUUCACGUCACACUUUCGCCAGUAUCUCCUAGGGCGGCGCUUCACGGUGCGCACCGACCACAGCAGCCUUCGGUGGCUAACAAGGAUGAAGGAGCCUGAGGGACGGCUCGCCAGGUGGCUCGAGAGACUUGGCGAAUACAACUUCGAGAUCAUCCAUCGCCCUGGCCAGCUUCACGGCAACGCAGACAGCCUCUCCCGGAGACCCUGCCGUCAGUCCUGUCCUUGUAAGCUCCCCAGCCCAUCUCCUCCUCAGUUGAACAUCAGUCACCAGGCUGUGCAGUGCAAUUUGGACUCUGACAUCAACCAGGCGAUGCUGAGUCCAGUGGGGGUAGAGAGACACCCAGCUCCCGCAGAAGCAAGUCUAGUGGGGGUAGACAAGGCCCUGCCAGCUGACUCUAACAACUUAAAGUCCCCCGAGAAAAUAUACCUGACUAAGUCAAAAGAAAAUGAACUGUUUGGUGGUUGGUCCCUGGAGGAGCUGCGACAAGCCCAGGAAGACGACGCAGACAUUGCACCCAUCAGAACCUGGUUGGAAACCAGCGGAGAGCGUCCUGCAUGGGUAACAGUCUCACCAUGCAGCCCAGCCACAAAGACAUAUUGGAGCCAGUGGAAACGCCUCUACAUCAGAGACGGAGUGCUAGUUAGACGCUUCUACUGCCUGGACGAUACCCAAUUCUAUCCACAAGUAGUGCUGCCCCGCACCUUCCGGCCAGACAUCAUGAGACAGAUGCAUGAGGGACAAGUUGGCGGACAUUUUGGUGUAGAGCGCACGGUAGCUCGGCUGCAAACCCGAUACUUCUGGUACAGAAUGAGGGAGGACGUCGCCCUGUGGUGUAACACCUGCACCAGCUGCGCAUCAAAAGCCAGGCCACGGAAGACACCACAAGCCCCCAUGGGCACUGUUCGAGUCGGAGCGCCUAUGGAGCGCAUCGCUUUGGAUAUUAUGGGGCCACUGAAUGAGACUGAACGCCACAACAGAUAUGUGCUGGUAAUACAGGACUAUUUUACAAAAUGGGUCGAAGCUUUUCCCCUACCUAACGAACAAGCUGUAACUGUGGCUGAAGUGCUCGCCUCCGAGUGGGUGUGUCGCUAUGGAGCCCCGCAGACACUGCACAGCGACCAAGGCCGGAACUUCGAGUCUGAGGUGUUCCAGGAAAUGUGCAAGCUGUUCGGGAUCGACAAAACACACACCACACCUUUCCGUCCUCAGUCCGAUGGGCAAGUUGAAAGGUUCAAUGCCACUCUACAAAAGAUCCUGGCCACGACAGCCGAGCGUUGCCACUGGGAUUGGGACCUCAUGAUUCCCUACGCUGUCAUGGCCUACAGAGCAACAAAGCACAGUUCAACUGGUUUCACCCCGAACUACAUGAUGUUUGGCCGGGAAGUGAGUGAGCCAGUAGACCUUGUAUCCGGCCUGCCGCCGGACCCUGAACCAGCUCCCUCAGCCCCUGAGUAUGUCCAGCACCUUCGAGAGCGACUGGAGCUGGCGCACCAAAUCACCAGAGAUGCUCUCGGAGAGUCUGUGGAACGUGCAAAGAGACAAUAUGACAAGAACUGUUGCCGCACACAUUACAACGUUGGUGAUGCUGUGUGGUACCUCAUCAAAGGAACAAAAAAAUUCAAGAACAGAGUGAGGAAGUUCCUCCCAUCUUACGAAGGGCCAUUCUUCGUUCUGGGUCAGUUGGACGACCUGGUUUAUCGAAUCCAGAAAGGGCCAAAGACUAAAGUAAAGGUGGUUCACCACGAUCAGCUAAAGCCUUAUCGCUGCCGGGACCCACUGGACAAUACUUGGGCCCUGGAGCAAGCCCAGAGCUGGACACCAAUGGAGGUGUCACCCCCAGACGACGUAGAUCCUGCUGACACUCUACUGGGUCUGCCCCAGCUCUUCUCCAACACUGAUGACAGCUCCAGCUUUCCCUCAUCAGAUCCAGCUGUGGACAUCCCUGUAGCUGCUGCUUCUCACCUUGACUCCGUUCCUGUGGAGUUAAAGGACAGUGGGCGUUGUGCGGCGGUGCAGCACCCUCAGAGCCCUCGUUCUCAAAGGCCCCAGCGCAGGCGUAGACCACCGACUCAGUUGGGUGAGUGGGUGGCUCACUGA